AUGCUUGAAACGAGUGGGGAUGAUCUUCCUGUUCCGAAUAAAGUAAUAAACUACAGAAUAAUUGCCACCUCUAGAGUUCAUGCAUACAUAAGCAAGUAUAUUUAUCCGUCUUUUUUAUCCUACUCUGAAUUUGGUUUAAGUUUUGGAGUAUUAUCAAAGUAUCGAGUUAACAAAAUCAUUGGAUUCGGUAAAUAUUCAACAGUAUUCAUGGCUACUAACGGGAAAAAGAAAGUAGCUAUCAAGGUUUUUAAAGAUGUUAAGGAAAUUACAAUCAAACGCGAAGUUUUUAUUUUAAAAACAUGCCGAAAGCUAUCCAAUAUAGUACAAAUUAUAGAUGUAGUUAAAGAUCCAAAAUAUAAUAGCAUUUCAAUAGUAAUGGAAUAUUGUAAAGCAUCUAAUGCCGAAAUUCUUGAAAAUCUAUCUCUAGACGACUUUAGGAUCUAUAUUUACCAACUAAUCAAUGGAUUAUACAAUCUUCAUUCUCAUGGAAUAAUUCAUCGAGAUAUUAAACCAGAAAAUAUACUUUACGAUAAGAAAACUAAGCAACUUAAGAUAGGUGAUCUCGGUCUAGCCGAAAUAUACUUUCCAUUGCAGCAAUAUACAACUGGAUUAGGAACUCUUCGCUGGAUGGCACCAGAACUUAUCUUUGAUUACAAAUUUUAUGAUUAUGCAGUUGACAUGUGGGCUGUUGGUAUCAUAUUGUAUGUUAUUACUAUUGACUACAAUAAAAAAAAUUACGAAACCCUUGGUCAGAUGGCAAUUGCAGUUUCUGAGAUGCUUACACCGUCAGAAGUACUUACAUUUAUUGAUAAAUACGGAAUAUUCAUCCCAAACUCUUUAUUGAGUGCGAUGCCGCAAGUAAAUUUCAAUAUGUGGCCAACUUAUAUCGAGCACAUGAAGCCAAAGUUCAAAGAUGAUGACAUGAUUGAUUUAAUGCGAAAACUCCUUGUGGCUGACCCCCAGAGAAGAUUGAGCGCAAUGGAAGCCUUGGAACAUCCAUUUUUUGACAAAGUUCCCCCUGAAUUUAAGGAAAUUAAUAAGAAGCACAAACUAAAGCACUCAAUAAUGGUUAGAGCCAAUGCAAUUAAAAACAAUAUUAAGAAGAGAAAUAUUUAA